AUGGAUCUUAUAAAUCAAAUCACGCAACUGACAUUUCCAACACUGGCGGAGACUAUCAAUGUUAUGAAUAAUCACACACUAAUUUCUCACUAUGGUAUUGAUCCAACACCUGCCAAUAUAGCAUUUUUGAACUCAAUAAUAACCUCUUCGACUACAGUAGGCAUGAUAUUCUCUCUAUUCGUUUUUGUGCCAAUGGCAGAAACAAAAGGACGCAAGUAUACAGUAAUCUACUUUCGAUUCAUAAUUACCUUGGGAACAUCUCUUUGUCACCUCAUGUCAGCCUUGUUCCAGUCUACUGAGCUUUUUGUUCUUGGCCAAAUCCUGAAUGGUCUUCAGCUGCCACUUCGAAUGUUUGUGACCAUGUUGUACAUUACGGAGUGUGCUCCCGAUAAAUAUAGAGGUUUUGCCUCUUCUGCACUCAUCUUCUCUGACGUUAUCGGACAACUAAUAAUGUUUUCGGUUGCAACUCCGAAUUUGCUCGGAAAAGAGAAUACAUGGUUUAUCUUCCCAUUAACUGUACUGAUAAGUUCGAUCGGAAAUUUUGCGAUGGCUGCCCGGCUACCAGAAUCUCCAAAAUGGUUGGUCAGACGGAACAGAAUGGAUGAAGCAGCGCGGUCCAUUGAAUUCUAUCACGGGGAAAAUUGUUGUUUGAAUGACGUGAUGACAUCUUUCAUCAAGGAGAAGAAUCUGACAAAGGAAGAUAGAAUCUCUCUUCGACAAGUAUGGGAAAAUGACACUAUGCGAGAAGCUCUAAAAGUACUUUGUGCUGUCUCACUAUUUCUGAUUCUGGACUCAGGAGCCGUUCAGGGAACAUACACAGUUCUUUUGCACAAAACAGCUGGGUUUACUGUUCAAGAAACAAUGAACAUCAAACUUAUUCUUGCUGUUGCCUUUUUUCCAACCCGAUUUGUUGGAACCUACAUUAUCGAAGCACUGGGAAGAAGGCCAGUCAUGUUCAUUGCAGGCGUAAUUGUAUACUCAAAAACCUGGCUCAUGCUUGCAACACAGUUUGUUAUCUUCUUUACCGGACCAAGUUUGUUGACAAAAAUUAUGUAUGUCUCCGUUGAAUGCUUGGCAGAUUCAACAUUGGCAACUGGUGUGGCUUCUCUUGGAGUGCUCUUUAUUGCUGAACUAUUUCCUCCAUCUGCAAGAACAUCAGUUGCACAAGCAUUGAUUCUUGUGACAAUGGUGAUCAAUCUACCCAUCAUCGCCGCUUUCCCAAUAUUUUACUCGCUCUUUGAACCUGGUUAUUUCUUUAUUCAUGUCUUCAGUCAAAUUUUCUUUGGGUCCUACUUGUAUAAACAUAUGCCGGAAACUAAGGGACGCGCAGUUUAUGAUAUCAUUGAGUCUAUGGACCAAGAAGUCGCUUCAAGGACCGCCUCAUUCAUUGAAGAGAAAACUCCAUUGGUCCGAAAGAGAUCAAGUACUCUCGCCUUCAAACGUAACAGUAUUCUCAAUACUUCUCGUACACGGGCACUAACCUUUGAUCACGGGUUGAUUCCACGGAAAGUGGAUUGCUGA